UCGAGGCCAAAAGCCCAAAACAGCCACGAAAACCUUCCAAUCGGUCGAUUGAGGCGGAAACCCUCAUGCUGGAAUGGCGAAACGCGACACGUCGUCGGAUUCGGACCCUGAAACCCCGGAGAAUUCAUGUUCAGAAGAGGAGGAGGAGACGGAGAAUGGGAAAGGUAUCAGCAGCAAUGCACAAGCGAAGCAUGGGAUAUCGGACUAUGAGAAGCAGAGGCUUGAGAGAAUCGCUGCCAACAGAGCCAAAUUGCAGGCUCUGGGCCUCCCCAAAAUUGCGUCUUCUUUGAUGGGGUCGAGCGCGUCCAAGAUGGAGAAAGCCAGCAAGCGUAAAGGGAAGUCCAAGGUCGCUGAAGAUGACGAGGAUUAUAAGCCCAAUUACGAUGACGUUGAAGAUGGUGCGGAGGAUGAUGAUAAUGGCGACGAUGAGUGCGAUGAGUUUCAGGGGUCUAAAUCUCGUUCUAACUCACGAGGAAAGAAGGUUAAGAAUAAAGGCCCCAAGUAUCUGCAGAAAUUUAAGGCUCUAAACAAUUUGAGUGACAAAGCUUAUGACGACGAUGAUGAUGACUUGAUGAAGGCAAUUGCUCUUUCACUACAAGAUUCAGGGAGCGCUUCAGGUGCAAUGCAUGAUAGUGGGCCUGCAUGGAGCUCUGAUGCCCGUGUUAUAGAUGCUACUCCUAAUAAAAGAAAGGGAAAUGCUUGCAAGGAGGAAGAUACAGGAAAGAGAAGGAGAAAAAAAUUGCAGUUCAGUAGUCGGGUGAAGAUGACUGAGGAUGAAUUGGUUAUACACUUCUUUCAAUUUGAUGAGGUUGGAACUGGGAGCUUAGGCAUAAGAGAUUUAAGAAGAGUGGCAGCUGCUCAUGAUUUUACAUGGACAGAUGAUGAGUUGGCUGUUAUGAUCAAUUGCUUUGAUGGUGAUGGAGACGGAAAGUUAAAUCUUGACGAUUUUCGGAAGAUUGCCAGUCGAUGCAAAAUGAUAGAAGGGUCCGAAGAUUCUUGAUUGGUCUAAUGUCUGGUGAUCCAAUUCUGCAGUGUUCAUUUUUCAGCAAGUGAAGGAGUGGUUUUGGAGUGUAAUAGAUAAGAUUUAACUUUAGUUUUUAUCAGUUUGAGUGAUUAUAUGGUUGCAAGGAGAAGACAGGAAAGGAAAUUAUAAUAAAAAGUUGCUUGUUAUUGUAAGUAAUCAUA